AUAGGUAAAUAUAAAGUAUAAAGGUAUCGAUGUAAAAAAAAAUACCCGUGAGAACCUCUUAUACAUUGAAUAUAUUUUAAAUUUUUGACAAAUUACUUCUGUUCUAGACUUAACAGUUAACACGUGGACUUACUGCACACAUCAGAAAAUGAACCACACAAAUACUUUAAAAUAUAUAUAAUAUAUGGGAGGUAGGUACCUAAAUACCUAAUACAAACUAAAUUAUUUUUUAAUUAUUAUAAUUUGCAUUAAAUCUGAAUAAAAAACACAUUUUUAUUCUGUGAUCGUAAUUAUUAUGCUUAAGUCAUAUUAAGUCUUUUUACCCCAUACUAAAAACUUAUAAGUCGACGUAUCAUUCGGUUCAUCGGUAGCUCACUGUUUUAUACGUCUAUUACGUCUUCUUACAUAGAGCGUCGAGACCAUCGGUUACUGUAUAUCAAUGUUUUAUGAUCCAUGCUACUCUAUGUGUUUAUCGUUUGUCAUGAUCGUGUUUAUUCAUUUCGUUUUUUUUCGUUUAUGUUUUCGUAGGUAUAACUACCAAAGAAAAGCCUGAAGCGAAAUUAUCUAAAAGCAUUCGGGUGCGAUAUUCUAAAAUGUUCCAUUUCCAAAAUAUUAAAACAAAAGUUAUGAGUUACCUAGCCUAUUAGUUAUUAGGUUAUUAGUAACCUAACCUAACCUAACCCAGAGUCGUCUUGUAUCCUUCUGAACGUGUACAACUAGGUUGGCAAGAUGAAAAAAUGGCAGUUGGAUCUGGAUUAGUCAAUACUGGUGUGAUAUGUUACAUCAAUUCUACACUACAAAUGUCACGCGAAGGUGAGGAGCAUCUGGCGGGCCGGGACAGCCGGUGGCGGCCGAGCCGAGGCCACAUGCGGUCGAGUCUGGAGGACUUGGUGUGGCAGACCACCUCCCAACUCGACAUCUUGCGGCAGACCAGGGCGACGCUGAUCGGGCUGGGAGCAGAGUUCCCUCCGGACGCACCGCAGGGACUUUCGGUCCAGCAGAUCGGCGACGUAGACACGGCGGAGCUACCGGCCGAUCCUCGUCUGUGGGUGGCGUAUGAGCGCGGGUGGCGCGAGCACGCUAAGGCUGCACCGGCGAGUGCACCGGCACCGACGGACCGUCGGCCCAUACCGGGGCCAGUCCGCCACACACAGCGGACGGUCCGGAAGGCGACCACGGCGAAGCCACAACCGCGGCCGGCACGCGCAGCACAGGGAACAGCGCUGGCCAGUGAUGAAAAAUUAAUACAGACAACCUGCUUGUUCAUGUGUACACAAAUUAAUUGAUUGAGUAUUGAAAAAAAACGUACUUUCGGGUUGAAUAAAACUCAAAAAUGUUAGUUGAAAAGAAAACUAUUGAAAUGUAAAUCGAGUUGAUGAUGACCGGCGUCAGAUCACGCCUCCGGUCGUCUCCACUCCCCCGGUGGCGGUGGAGGCUACUGUGGCGUCUGCGUUUGCGCCCUGCGACUCAGCGUUUUUGCCUCGACGGCCGCGGCGUCUGCGGCGCCUGCGGAUCGAUGGCGUCCUUGGCAUAUCCUGCGGAUAGACUCCAACUCGUUUUACUGUCAUCACGGAAGUGACUACAGCCAUGGAAGCGACUCCGGCCACCGCCGGGUCGGGCGUGGUAUAUUCGACGAUGAAAGUUUGUGUAAACCGCUCGGUUGAUGCCACGAUAAGCAGCUGGCCAGACGGACACCGGACCGUCACUAUCGACUGGACGAACAGCGAUCGGCAAUCACCGUCGUCGUCCUCGAUAGUGCCGGUCU